CGAGGAUCGGAGAAGAGUAGUAGGUUUUGAGUGUACAACAGCACCACCAUUUCCCCCUCCCUCCCAAAAACCUCAAAAGAGAACAAAAAUCCAACCUGCAUUUUCAAAUUUUCACAUUUUUUUUUCUCUUUUCCUUUAUAGCAUCACCAUAAUAAGUCCAACCAAAGUAGAAGAUUCCUUUGUCCCAUGAAUUCCCAAGAAUCCCAACCCGGCCACCAUCAACCCCACCCCCAUCUUCACUCCCUACCCCACCAACUCCACCACCCGCACCACCAACAACCCCACGGAAUAAUGGCGGCGCUGCCUCAACAACACCACCACCACCAACAACACAAUUCGUAUGGUUUGCCUGAGAACGUUAAUAAUAUGCAACAGCAACUACAGCAACAACAAACACAACAAACACAACAAAACCCUCGAUUUGCUAUAGAUUACAGUGAUGACGGGCCGUCGUCUCCUAGGGGUUCUUCCCCGGCAAGGAAGAAACGAGGGCGGCCAAGAAAGUACUCUCCUAGUCCUGAUGGUAACAACAUAGCUUUGGGCCUCUCUCCCACUCCACUACUUACUCCCAUUCCUGAUUCUGGUGCUGCUGGUGGGCCCGCCACUCCCUCUUCCGAAAACUCCUCUAAAAAGCUCAGAGGCAGACCUCCUACCCCUUUAAAGAAACAGCUCGACGCACUAGGUACAGGCGGAGUUGGCUUUACACCACAUGUAAUCUUGGUGAACGUUGGGGAGGACAUAGCAUCGAAGUUACUGGCUUUCUCAGAGCAAGGACCGCGUAUAGUUUGCGUUCUAUCCGCACAUGGAGCCAUUUGUAAUGUCACCCUCCAGCAACCAGCAAUGGGUGGUAGCAUUGUGACUUGCGAGGGCCGAUUUGAAAUCAUCUCUUUAUCAGGUUCGCUCUUGCGCUCUGAAAGUAACAGUGGCAGAACAAGUAGUCUAAGUGUGUCACUGGCCGGGUCAGACGGUAGAGUUUUGGGCGGUGGAGUUGCAGGAUUGCUCACGGCUGCAACACCAGUACAGGUGAUUGUGGGUAGCUUUAUUGCGGAAGGGAAAAAGCCAAAGUCUAAGACGCCAUCUUCAACACCACCACUUUCCAAUAUGUUGAAUUUUGGUGCUCCGCACUUGGAGGCGAGCCUUCCUUCCCAGGAUGCCUCGAGCAACUCAUCUGAUGAAAAUGGGGGUAGUCCUCUCAGUCAUGAACAAGGACCUUAUGGUAAUGCAGGUCAACCAUUGCACGGUAUGCCAAUGUAUGCAAACAUGGGCUGGCCAAACAACAGUAUGAAACUGGUUCCUUAAUUGACAUAACGUUGCAGAAGGGUAUUUGACAUCUGAAUACCCUGCGCCAGAGUUGGCAGUUGAUUCUAAAUGUUAACGAGCAGAUUUUAGGUGUUAUAUUACCUGAUGAUUUUAGGUGUUCCUUUGAGUUUCAGACUUGAAGCUCCCCCCCCCCCCCCCCCCCCUCCGUAUUCACCUGUUUAUUCCCCUUUGAUUUUUUUCUUUGGUAUGUAGUUGAUUGUUCUAGCUCUGGUCAAAAGCAUGGCUUGUUUAGAAAAAAAGCCAUUCAUGAUCGUGGUAUAUGUUAGGUGACCUGGAGUUGAGUCUUUUAUUUUCAUAUUGGCAGAACAGACUUAUCUGUAUCUUUCUUUUAGGAAUUAUUAGAAGGGUAGAAGCCUUUCAACUGUUUGAACA